AUGGUAGACAUUGAUGCGGUUAUAAAGGUUGGCAAGUACUCUAAUAUUGAUGUCUACGAGUUGUUGCAUCCCGUGGCUGGUUCGAUAAUGAAGCGUAGGAUCGAUAAUUGGGUCAAUGCCACGCAUGUUUUGAAAAUUGCAAACUUCAACAAAUCCAAGCGGUUGAGAUUGUUGGAGAAGGAGGUAAUCAAGGCUGGGAAAGCAUACGAGAAGAUACAAGGUGGAUCUGGUAAGUACCAAGGCACGUGGGUACCGUUAGAAGUUGCUAAAGAAUUAGCUGUAAAAUUCGAAGUAAUAAAUGAUUUGUUGCCUCUGUUGGAAUUUGUUCAUGUUGAAACCACUUUGCAUGACGUAGAAAAUAAUCAUGCUGGAACAGAAUGUGGUAAUUCAUUGGAGACAAUCUCGAAGCGUGAUACAGUUAGUGAGCUAAAAAUCUCCUCCCAACGCCAGAUUUCUGUAGCUAACAAUAUCCAAUUUCCAUCUUCAAUUACAACUGAUCAAAAUGGUCACAUAACAGAAAAUUCAAUAAAGUUCAAGAUACGACAAAUUCUUAACAUUUUGAAGGAAGGGCGUAAAUUCACAGAUACUAAAAGAUUAUAUGGUAUAAUGGAACAAAUUGAAUAUAAUUUGAUGAAGGGUAAAUCUAUAAAUACAAUAACUACAGACCAACUUAAUGGCUUAAAAUCACGCAGGGACAAAUUAAUGUCAAGGUACAAGAAUAAAAUAGAGUUCAAUCAAUGGAAUAAACUUCUUCUAAUGGCAAAUAGUGAAACUCAGAAAAAUUUGAAAUAUGAGGAUAGUUUAAAUGAAAGGUUGAAAAAAUGUGUAUUAUUGACAUAUUUACAAUUUGCCAGACGACGAAGAGUUGAUGAAAUUGUCAUUGCUAAGACUUCUAAUAAUAGAAUUUGCGACUCAAAGUAA